AAUACUUUUGCAAGGCACUGUAGAACUGAUAUGUCAUCUUGAAAGGCAAUUUAAAAUAAAAUAAAAAAAACAAUCGAUAACAUUAUGCUGAAUAAGUGUACAGUAUGAUAAUGUCACAUGAUGCAUGAACAACGAAAUGCGAACGUGGCCGGUAUGUUAACGUAACAAAGCUAUUAAGAGUUAUUCAGAUAACUAUAGCCAGGGGUGAAAGUGGGCCAGAACGGUCAGGAAUGCAGUUCCGGUAUAAGAUUCAGAGCUGGAACGCAGUUCCGGUAUAAGAUUUAUGGCCGGAAUGCUGUUCCGGUACACGGUGCUUUGAUUCCGAAAAUAUGACGGCAACUGUCAAAACGCUAUGUAAAAAAAAAAAUGCUAAGAUGCCACACUUGAAUUUCAUCUCCAAGGAGAAAACAAUCUACCAACAUCAGAUUUACAUACACAAGGGUUAACAACAAGCAUAAUAAAGUGCUUAUGUAGCAUAAUCCUUUCCACUAAUAUUUAUUUUAUUUAUUUUUUUCCACGGACGGCAUGGAGGUUUCCCCAGCUGCUGCAGUUAUGUCUGACGAUGAGUCAUGUCAAUGUGCGAAUGCACGCAGCAAAGAAAAACGGCUGGACUCAUUUAUCCGUUCAAUUGGCUGACAUACUCACAUGUGAUCAGCAGAGAUAGUUAGCUCUGAUUGGUUCAAAUGUGCAUGUUUCCUGGAGCAGCAAAAAAAAAAAAAAAAAAAGUUGAAUUGAUGCGACAAAAAAGGGCAAUGCAACAUAAAAUGGAUCAAGUCUUUAGGAGCAAGGAAAGAGUUGAGGAGGCUUAUUUAUAAUGAUUAGUUUUAUUUGCUCUGAUGGGGAGGUUAUGAACAUCUUAGCUGUCAAUGUGCACUUUGGACUUAUAUUUGUUAUAUUUAUGUUAGGCUACUUAUUCAUUUCCUUAUGAUUUAAAAAAGUAAAACUUUGCGCGAUCUUCAAAAUACAUUCCAUUUCACGCUGCAUAAUAUAAGUCAUUUGUACUUAUUUUUCUGAAUGUAUGUUACUUAUUUCUUAUUUUAAAAAAAGUAAACGUUUACAUUAAGUUCAAUUUUAAUAUACACCCAAUGUUCUUAAGUAAUAAAAAUUGAGAUUUGGCACUUAGUGUGUGAGGAAAUGAGGGGAAAUAAAAAUUAGGAGGUGGUUGGGGUUACUGCUGUUUUUGUUUUCAUUUUGCAAAUCAUUGAAAAAGUACAAUUUUGAAUGAAAAUCAAUUUUUGUAUGUGUUAUAGAAAUGACUGUGCCCAAAAAAUUUUCUUUGCAUUUCAGUAGUUUUAGGAGGUUUAAACCCCCCACCCAGAACAAAAAAAUAAAAAUAUAUGAAUAAAUAAAUAAAAUUUCUGGCUCCGUGGUGACCUUCCCGUCGGGGAGUUCCGGCAAGAAAUUCUAACCACUUUCACCCCUGACAAUAGCAUAAAGAACAUGCUAACAAGUUUCAUCAAGUUUCAUCAUCAAGUGUCACUCCAAAAUACCAAAAUAAAAUGUGAAAUGAUAUAAUAAUGUGUAAAUAAUUUCACACAUAAGUCGUUCCAGAGUAUAAGUCGCACCCCUAGCCAAAUUAUGAAAAAAAACUGCAAUUUAUAGUCCGAAAAAUACUGUAAUCAUAAUUAACUAUGUAUAUUAAAAGAAAAACAUUUUGGGGGGGGGGAUGCCGCGAGCUGCCCACACUGGCGUUGCGAUCAACUGCUCGAUCGUGAUUGAUGUAAUGAGCACCCCCUGAUUUAGCAUACCAAUUAAUUAGGUUUAUAUACGUGAGAUAUUUAGCCCUGACUCCCGUUCACCCAAUCUGUUUGGUCCCAUUCAUGUCCCAUCCCGGGCCAAAAGUGUACAUGCAGGUUAUGCUGUUAUAUCGUUCCUACCAAUGUUGAGAUCAAACUUGCCCUUGCUCUUUAGCUAGAUUCAACUUGUUGAACCACAUUGAAGAGCGGCGACCAUUCACUGUUUCAGAUGAGCGUGCACAUUCCCAUUCACAAAGUCAAAAAAAAAACAACUAAACUCACCAGCGUCCAGCGCGCUCUUAUUUUCACAACAUGACAUGUAAAGUAGAAGUGGAAUAACAUAGCCAUUUUACGAGUCUUCUUGACAGCGAUAGACGUCCAAUCCAUUUGAGCUGGGAUGGAUUCGCUGCCAUACCUCCCAGUUCAAAUGGAUUGGACGUCUACUAGAGACAAACUCAUUCAAAUUCACAGCAGAAGGAUAAAAAGAACCAUACGAUUGCACGUCCAUCGCCGGCAAAGUAAACUUGUUUAUCUCCAGAUGUGAUUUUUGAGGUCACAUGAUGUUUAUACACUGACAUGUGUACUAUGUGAGUGCGUGAAAGGGCUUUUUGGAAAGUCAUCACUGCAGGAGAACAAUCCAGUGCCUCGUUGUGAUACAACACAUUGUGCGUUUGUGUGCGAACCCGCUCGCAUAAAUACGACGGUUAGGCGCACGCUGCCGAUUCUGAGGACGAUGGCUGCAGUGCUUCCUAUCUUGUACUUGCUGACGCUGCCCCUGCUGAGUGAGGCCGUAGACACGUACACGCCUGGCAAGCAGCAUAAGGUGUUACAUCUAGGUGAGAAGACACGCAUGUAUCAUCAUAAUGUGGUUGGUGGCGAUCUCAUGGUUGUACGUUUUCUUGUAGACUGGCCUAAAGACUGCGGUACGGCUUAUUUCAAGCCCAACACGGUAGAGAGGAUCGUGUCAGGGAAUGAGGCUAGGCCGCACUCCUGGCCUUGGCAGGUCUCUCUGCAGGUUCGCCCCAGAGGCGGUAAACACCACAUUCACGUGUGUGGAGGAACUCUGAUCCACAAGAAUUGGAUCCUCACUGCUGCUCACUGCUUUCAAAAGGGCAAGGCCGAAGACGCCGGGUCGUGGAGGAUCGUACUGGGCAAGCACCGACUGAGGCGCUCUGAAACGGCCGAGAGGGUUUUCCCAGUGAAGCGCAUUUACAGGCACGAAAACUUCCGCUACCCGACGCACAGCGAGCUGGACUACGACAUCGCCCUGGUCAAGGCAGACGCCGACAUCCUGCCGUCCAACUUCAUCCGUUACGCCUGCCUCCCACGCAAGCAGAGCAGUCUCAAGCCGGGACACUACUGCUGGGUGACCGGUUGGGGGGACAUCCGAGGUGGGAAGGAGAAUGUUUCCCUAGCGGAAGCCCUUAACCAAGCCCGUCUCCCAAUCAUCGACUUCAAAACCUGUCGGCAGAAGAAGUUCUGGGGCGACCGCGUGCGAGACUCCAUGAUCUGUGCCGGCUUCAGGGACACCGAGGAUCCGCCCGCUGCCUGUCAGGGAGACUCGGGCGGUCCUCUUCUUUGCCAGUUGGGCCGCGAGCGCUGGGAAGUGCAUGGCGUGGUGAGUUUCGGCCCUAUCGGCUGCACCGUUGAGAACAAGCCCAGUGUCUUCACCCGAACCGGUGCUUACAUCCCUUGGAUCGAAGCCACUCGCAUCCGAGACUUCUUCCUGCACUGACGCCGCUACCUUGACAAUAAAUCAUUUGUUUUUAUAAAAUGGCAUUUCCCAGUAAUUUAUUACAUCGGUUGAUGACAGACGUACUAUUUUCACAGUACAGCUUCUAAUGAUGGUUACCGUCAAAUAAAUACAAGAGUAGCACUGAUUGUAAGGCAAAGUUCUUAAAAGAUUCACUCGCAGACACACCGAUACGCGCAUACACACACCAAGCACUUCAUUUCAGAGUCUGAACGUUGCCUCCUGGAGAUAAUUUGGCCCUAAUGUCAGAGGAGGAAUUUAGUAAAGCCUAGACGACGAUGACGACGUUCCAGUCAGAUGGUCCCAGUUAUUGUAGACGGCGUAUGCACCGGACAAGGCCAGACCGGCCAAACCCCCCCGGGCCACACCCUUCAGGCCGCCUGCCGAAGAUCAUAAUCAGUAAAUAUUAUAGAAAUUCACUCAGAAAAGGACAAUUUUAACAUCUGAAAAGAAACCUACCGGCUGCCUUGAAUAGCAUCCCCGUUAGGGUGCCGGCGGCUAUCGUGUUGAUGUCGUCCUCCGCGCCGCGGGCCUUUUCGAUUACCACGCCGAACGCGCUGUACAACAGGGCUGUGUACGCGCAAUAGAAAUCAAUGCCAUUAUAGACAUUUAUGCCAUGUCUAUGUAUUUCUAUUGCAAGUCUGUUUUGAGGCUUACCUACUGAACCCAAAGUGUUGGCCCAUGAAGCACCUUGCCUCGUUACCAUGUUGAUAAUCCUGGAGAGACAAAAAUAGUAGUGCUGCAACGAUUAAUCGAUUAACUCGAGUAUUCGAUUAGAAAAAAAUAUUCGGAUUAAAUUUUGUUGCUUUGAGUAUUUGUUUAAUUAAAGUGGCGUAGUAAUGGUAUAUUUUGAAAGUGUUUGCAUUUAGUUUUAUUGAGUAGGGUGGAUACACUGCCCUCUGGUCUGCCUAAUUUCACAUGGCUGAAUGCAACUGCUCCCUGUUAAGACCAACGUAAGCUAAGUUUUUGUUUGAGCUAAUGUAUUUUUAAUGCAUUCAUAAUUUAGAUUAUAGGUAUAUUUAGUCGUUUUUUUGUAGGAAUAUGUAUUUGAACCAUUUGUUAGGAGUAAAGAUGUCCCGAUCGAUCGCUUCAUUUUCAAAGUAUCGGAAUCGGCAAUAAAAUAUCGGACAUGCCUUUUUUAAAUAUAUAUAUAUUUUUAAUUAAAUCGUUCUCUAAUUGUAUUAACGUUACAGACAAAAUGUCUUACACUCACUUACACUCAGUCUUUAGUUUUGGCUUAAAGU